CGUCUUGCUGUAAGGAGGAGAUGCGCGCCUCUCCGGCUUGGGAGCAUUGUAAGCUGGACAAAGAAACUUCACUGUAUUCACUAAAGGUCAUCUUCUCACUGCGCUCACCUGUGAAGCAAUGGAUCGUUUUACAGAGUGGAUGAGGGAUUUUGGGGUCAUGAACAGCACUCUGAACAUGUCACUGAGGGAUGAGGACAGGUAUGGAAGUGCUGAGGACAUCGACGUUACUGCGGACAGAAGCCCAGUCCUGAGAAUCGUGAUAUCCGUAGUCUAUUCCGUCGUGUGCGCAGUUGGGUUAGUGGGCAACCUACUGGUCUUUUUUUUGAUAAAACUCAAACGAGGGAGAAAGAGUUCCACUAUAAACUAUUUUAUAUUUAACUUGGCUAUAACAGACUUUCAGUUUGUUUUGACUUUGCCAUUCUGGGCAGUGGAUAUAGCUCUGGAUUUUAGCUGGCCGUUUGGAGACGCCAUGUGCAAAAUUAUUCUGUCUGUGACAGUAAUGAACAUGUACGCCAGUGUUUUCUUUCUCACUGCUAUGAGCAUAACACGGUAUUGGUCAGUGGCGUCAUCCACUAAAAGCCACUCGUGUAAACCACUGUGUUCUGUUAAAUGGGUGUGCGCUUUUAUGUGGGCCGUCGCCACUCUGGCCACCGCGCCAACAUCCAUCUUUUCCACGGUGACCAACAUCGCCGGGGAGAAACUGUGCCUGUUAAAGUUUCCUGGUGGACAGUACUGGCUAGCAAUGUACCACCUCCAGAAACUCCUGAUCGCCUUCGUUUUACCUAUGUUAAUACUGUGCGUAAGCUACUUACUACUUGUGAGGUUCGUGAAAAAGCGAAGCAUGAAAAGCGACGCGUCAAGAAGGAAACUGCAUGUCACCAAAUCUGUCACCAUUGUCGUUGCGGCUUUCUUUCUGUGCUGGAUGCCCAACCAUGCCAUUACGCUGUGGGGAGUGCUGGUCAAACUUAAUGUUGUCUACUGGGAUGAGGCAUACUACGUUGUGCAUACCUACAUUUUUCCUGCGACCGUUUGCCUUGCGCACACAAACAGCUGUUUAAAUCCCUUCAUCUACUGCCUGACAAGGAGGGAGUUCAGGAAGAAGCUGAAACAGCUCGUGCUCUAUUUAACUCCUGGCUCCAAAAAGGACUCUUUACAUGCGAGGGACUCGCGACAGGUUGUCCAUUAGGGACUAAAGACUUCACUUAAAUGUGUUGUACCAUACGAAAAGGCUAAUUGUAUUGGUCAUUGUUCCAAAUUUCCAUAUAAAAAAAAAAUGUAAUGUCAUGUAAAGAUGAGAAGCUCUCUCUUGUUGCAAUACCAGUGUGCAUAUUUGAUCCUGUGCUUUUGGAUUGUAUUGCCAGUUGGUUGCAUGAGACCUUUGAUGUAUAGGUAGAUCACUUAAGUAAGUAUCUGCACAAGAUUACUCAAGAUUUGAUCCGUUCUCUUGCCUGCCGAAGUUAUAAUGAAUGUUGUCAAACUGAAUGAAUUAUUAUAUUAAAACUCAAGUCCAUCCUCUCUC